GGGUCCGUCUCCAUCUCCAAGAGACGGAGGAGACCUGCGGGCUCAGGACGGCGCACAUGGCGAGGAGCAACAGCCGCGUGGCUUCUUCUCUGGCUCUUCUCCUUCUGUGGGCGGCGGGCGUGGCGGCGGCGGACUCGCUGCAGCAGCAGUGCGCUCAGGCGGCCAGCAAACUGUUCCCCUGCAUCGACUACGGGAACGGGCAGAGCGAGCGGCCGUCGAGCCAGUGCUGCAGCGAGUCGGUAGACAUGCGGCGGACGCAGCCGGCGUGCCUCUGCUUCAUGAUCCAGCAGGCGCACAACUCCUCGUCGAGCCUCCACUCGCUUGGGCUCAGGAUCGAUCGGCUCGCCGCCCUCCCGGGAGCCUGCAACAUCGCCAACUCCAACGUCAGCGAUUGCCCUAGGAUUCUGAACAUAUCUCGGAGCUCGCCUGAUUAUUCCAUCUUCACGAAUAUCACAGCAGCUUCUGAUGCUUCCGGUGGAUCAGCGUCGGACAGUAGUGCACCUUCGGAAGCGUUCAGGCAUCGGAUCAGCCUUUAUGGUGCCCUUGCGAUUGGCUUAGCCACGGCUGCCGUCUGCUCCAUUUUAUGAUCUUAAUGAUCAAGAGACCGACCGACGUCGAGUUCCGAGUCCUUAAUUUCCUUUUGCGGUUUGUUUUUCAUGCUGUGCUGCUGUUAAUUUCAGUGAGUGAUUGUGGGCAAUGAGAAACCAGUUGUGGAUGGUAAUUAAUGUUUUCAUUAAUUAUGGUAGACUAUGCAACGUAACGGAUCUAGUUUUACUUAUACAGCUUGAUGAGGAAGUCAUUGUAAUAUAAUUAUUAUUAUUUA